CUCUCGUCUCACCUCCAUUUCUCACAAAUCAUCAAAAUCCCAUUUUUUAUACCAAAAAUUCAUCAAAAUCUCAAGUUUUGUGUGUUUUUGAGCAUCCAAUUAUGGACCUAAAACACCCCACCACUGAAAUCCCAGACCCUGAAAGUGAAACCCCACUUCAUCCCCAAUCAAUCAAGCUAUUAUCCUUCUCAAAUGGGAAAACCAACCACCACCCGCCGCCGCCUACGGUGGUGGCAUAUAGAGAAUGUCUCAAGAACCAUGCCGCCAGCAUAGGCGGCCAUGCCUUAGAUGGCUGUGGUGAGUUCAUGCCUUCUCCGACUUGCAGCCCAACCGAACCCACCUCCCUAAAAUGUGCAGCCUGUGGCUGCCACCGCAACUUCCACCGCCGGGGAUCCACCAAUGACUUCGCUGCCACCGCCACCAGAAGCACCCACUUCAUCGAGUUCAACCGUCAUCCCCACCAAACCUCAACCUCCACCUCCCCGUCUCCGCCUUCGCCGUCGCCUCAACCAACUAACUACGCCUACGGACCCCACCUGCUUCUGUCACUCAGCACGGCGGCGGACCAAAACCACACGGUGGCGACACCAGGAACGCCGAUUCCGAUCAAGAUUGAUAACGCGGGCGGCAGGAAGCGGUUCCGGACGAAAUUCAGUCAAGAUCAGAAAGAAAAGAUGUUACUUUUUGCCGAGAAAGUGGGGUGGAAGAUGCAGAGAUGUGGCGAUAAGAUGGUUACGGAUUUUUGCAAUGAGAUCGGAAUCAGAAGAGGGAUUUUUAAAGUUUGGAUGCAUAAUAACAAAAACACUUUUAGGAAAAGAGAUAAAGACAUAAACUCUCCCACCACCGCCACAGCCACCGCAACCACCACCACCACCAACGUUGCCGCCGGCGUUGUAAGGAGUAAUGACAGUACUCAUCAAGAAAAUGGAAGCGGUGAUCUUCAUCUUCAUCAAGCUUCUACUAAUGGGUCGUGUUCUUCAUCUUGAUUCUGUAACAACAACAACAACAAUUAACCCAUUUUAGGGCAAAUUGAAUAAAACCCAGUAUUUAAAGAUUC